AAAAAGAGAGAGAGAGAAAGAGAGAGAAAGUCACAAUCUCGUUCGUUUUCUCGUGUAUAGAGAAUCUCAUUAGACCGAGGAAAGUGUGACUGUGUCGAAUGCAUACACCUGAAAUAACCUGAGAAGUACACUCGCGCGCAAGUCUACGGCAUAUAUCGAGAAUAAAAGAGGGAAAGGUGUGUAAGUUGAAGACACUAUUGCCACAGUAUCGGCCGCGGCUAUUUCCCGUGUUCUCCACAGCAGCCUCUUCUGCUACGAGGACACACGUAAAGGCACAACGACGUGAACAACGAGAAGUUUCACGCAAAAAGGCCGAACACACGAAUACAGACACAGACACAGAAGAGCAACCCUUCGACAGAAGCGCGCGCGCUCACACAUACAAAUGCACAAAUACAAACAUAAUACACAGUAACGGCCGUGUUUCAAUCUAUCUCUCUCUCUCUUGCACCGAUGAAAGAGAAGAGUAGGGCUUAAUCAGUUAGUCGAUAGGCAAAUUGGCUUAGAGACACCGACCAACCGGGUGGUUUACAGAAGCAGCAACCACCGUGCAGUGGCCAGUGGUUGAGUGGCGAACCAACUGUCUCUCUUUUUCUCUCUUUCUUUAUCUUACUAUCCCUGCCUAUCUCUAUCUCUCUAUCUCUCUCUCUCUCUUUCUCUCUCUCUCUUUCUCUCUCUCUCUCUCUCUCUCUCUCUCUUUCUAUCUAUCUAUUAUUCGGUUUUCCGUAAAACGAUCGACAAGUUCUACGGUGACGACGAGAGAACGACAGUUGCGUGUCCUCGAUCGUCGUUCCAGGGGUUUCCUCGAGGAAUCGUGCGAGGAAAGGAGAGAAAGAGAGAAAUAAAACAAAAAAAAAAGAAAAAGGGCCGAAAUGAAUAAUUCCGUGAACAAUGUUAUAAACUUCCUUUGAAAUAAGUAAAAAGAAGAAACAAAAAUAGGAAUAACGAGGAAUAUUUUAGUGUUCGUAAAUCUGGUAGCCACGUGCAAUGACAACUAAAUACUAUUACUAUUGGUAUCAAAGGAGACGAGAGAAUCCAGUGAAUUGUGUCUAAAGUUUAUCACCAUUGUGCUUAGAGAUCGAUGAUCUUUCGCGACAAACUGGACCGACUUCGGAUCGACGAUCGCUCGAUCGGUAACUCGCUCGUACCUUUGAUCGCAUAUGUGAGAAAACAACGUUGGAACUGUUGGAAUUCAUCCUUGUGACAACGUCGUCAAACGUAUAUACGAAAGGGUUCCUCUAUUUAACAACGAAUACCAAAACUGUUUGCGAUCUGGAUUGGCUGUGCGAGCCUCGAUUUAAAUAUAGACAACGACGACGACUACUACUAGGACGCAGUGGAUUGGGAGAGGAAAAUCGGCACGAUAGAAUGUGCAGCUGUUCGGAAUGACGAGACACUCUCUGGUGAUCCUAUGCUGCUACCUGUACACGCUGUUUGACAUGGCAGCCUUACAUUUUCCCGAGAAAGUAUGUGAACCGGUUCUUUCCACGGAGGUCGAAGGGUGGCAUAUUAAAGUCGAUAGCCUAUCGUCUAGUACAAUUCGACUUUCGGCGAGAAAGCGCGGGUACCGGUUUUUUCCCAAGAUCGAAAGAGAAGCCGACCAAGAAGAUUACGGUAGGAAAGAGGCAUCUCUAUCGUUAAGAGACAUCCUACCGAUAAAUCCGAAGCAAUACGACAAGCACAGAGCACCGAAAUUUUUGGGACAACCUACUAUCGUUUAUUUUCACGUCACCGUUCUCAGCCUAGAUUCUAUUAACGAAGAAUCCAUGACCUACGUCGCAGAUAUUUUUUUGGCUCAAAGCUGGCGUGACUCUAGAUUAAGAUUGCCAGAGAAUAUGUCGGAAGAGUACAGAAUAUUGGACGUUGAUUGGUUGAACAAUAUUUGGAGACCCGAUUGUUUUUUCAAGAACGCGAAAAAAGUUACUUUUCAUGAAAUGUCCAUACCGAAUCAUUAUCUUUGGCUUUAUCAUGAUAAAACAUUACUUUAUAUGUCUAAGUUGACUCUGGUACUCUCUUGUGCGAUGAAGUUCGAAUCUUACCCUCAUGAUACUCAAAUUUGUUCAAUGAUGAUAGAAAGCUUAUCACAUACGACGCAAGAUUUGGUCUUCAUAUGGAACAUGACCGAUCCGUUAGUAGUAAAUCCCGAAAUUGAACUGCCACAGCUUGAUAUAUCGAACAACUACACAACCGAUUGUACGAUCGAGUAUUCGACUGGAAACUUCACGUGUAUUCAGAUCGUUUUUAAUUUAAGAAGAAGAUUAGGAUACCACCUGUUCCACACGUACAUACCUUCAGCCCUUAUCGUUGUAAUGUCCUGGAUUGCCUUCUGGAUCAAACCCGAAGCAAUUCCAGCUCGAGUUACACUUGGUGUAACAUCACUCCUCACACUUGCAACUCAGAAUACACAGUCUCAACAAUCGUUACCACCCGUUUCGUAUGUGAAAGCCAUUGACGUAUGGAUGUCAUCGUGCAGCGUCUUUGUAUUCCUGUCCCUCAUGGAAUUCGCCGUAGUCAAUAAUUACAUGGGUCCUGUUGCAACGAAAGCCAUGAAAGGCUACUCCGAUGAGGAUCUUAGGGAAGCUAUCGAUGAAUUUAAGACCCCGAUGAGGCCCGAUUCCGAGAGAAGCAGAAGUCCUGUAAGGCCACCUACCGUCCAGUACGAUACUUGCUGUCAGGGUAGGGCGACGGCAAUUUACAUCGAUAAAAUCUCCAGAUUCUUCUUCCCCUUCUCAUUUUUCAUCCUGAACGUCGUUUAUUGGAGCACCUUCCUAUAAAAUAAGAAGAAUCUCCGCCACGUUUACUGAUUAAUCAAUCAGCGAACAUAGACAUUCAAAAGAAAUCAAAAAAGAAACGUGAUUCAGUAGUGCCUUUUAUACAGUGUUGAUAAAAAGUUAGCUAAUGUUAUCAAGACUUAUUGUUUGGCUUGAAAUAAUGAAAACUAAUAUAAGUUUAUAUAUAAAUGAAUAUUUUAUGAUGUAUCAUUUACCACGUUUGUGUUAUCUACAAUUAUAUGGAAAUCAAAAAUGCUUGAUAUGCAACAAGGAAAAAUAUAAAUUAAGUUAUCAAAUUAACUAGAAUUCAAAAACUAUAUGUAAUAUAUUUAAAAAACUUUUCAUUAUUUGAACAUAAACAACUUUAUUAUCAUCCUGUAUAAAAUCUAUACUUACAAAUCGCAUUAAUAUUAACGUACGUUAUAAUUU